CCCUCGCCGGGCACGGAGCCGCAGGGAUCCCGGGUGCUCGGCGCUGCGCUGCAGGAUGCUGCCCACCGCCGCGCUGCUCCUGGCCGCCGCCGCCGCUGUUCAGGCAACAGAUGGCUGUGGUUCCCCACCAGAAUUAAGCUUGGGUGAACUAAGGAGCGAGUAUAAGGAUCAGAACAACUUUUCGGUUGGGGACGUUGUGAAAUACGCGUGCCAGCCUGGGUACCUUAAGCAUCCAGGAGUCCCAUUUUCCAUUACUUGCCUUGAGAGUGGGGAGUGGACAGAAGCCCCUGACAUCUGUAAAAGGAAAUCGUGCGGUCACCCGGAAGAGCCGCAGAACGGCAGAGUCAUCGUCCAAUCAGAUAUCCUGUUUGGGGCCACCGUGAACUACACCUGCGAGGAAGGGCACAGGUUGGUUGGACAGCCUCAGAGGCACUGUCAGCUUUCUCAGCAGAGGGUUGCAUGGAGCGGAGAGGUUCCUGUUUGUCAGCGUAUCCCAUGCCCUCCACCACCAGAGAUCAGCCAUGGGGGGCACAGUCAGCCACUUAAGGAAGGCUUUUAUUAUGGCUCAGCUGUGAUUUAUGUAUGUGACCUUGGUUAUCAGCUCACCGGAGAGGCCUCUAUUUACUGCACAACGGAAGAUGGGCAAACUGGAGUGUGGAGCGGGCCACUUCCUGAGUGUGCAGUCGUGCAGUGCCCUCCACCUCCAGCCAUCGCCAAUGGGAAGCACAGCGCCCAGGCCCUGGAAGCCUUCCCCAGUGGGACGUCUGUCCACUACAGCUGUGAUCCUGGCUACUCCCUGUUUCGAAGGGGCUUCAUCCAUUGCACAGAGUCUGGAACCUGGAGUCUGCCUUAUCCUCAAUGCACAGAUGGCUGUGGCGACCCACCCAAGUUAAGCUUUGCUAAGCUAAGAAAUGAGAGUGAAACCCAGAAUGGUUUUCCUGUUGGGAAGUCCGUAAGCUUCGCUUGCCUGCCUGGAUAUUUUAAAGUCCCGAGACUAUCCCACAUCAUUACAUGCCUCCAGAAUCGAACGUGGUCAGAAGCACCUGAGUUCUGUAAAAGGAAAUCGUGCGCUCACCUAGAAGAACCAGAGAAUGGCAGAGUCAUUGUCGGAACGGAUCUUCUCUUUGGUUCAACAGUGAACUACAUAUGUGAAGAGGGGUACGUGUUGAUCGGACAGCCUCAGAGGCAAUGUGAGCUUUCUGCUAAGCAUGUUGCAUGGAGUGGCGAUGCUCCCAUCUGCCAGAUUAUUCUGUGUCCUCCACCUCCAUCCAUCCUCCAUGGGAAGCGCAACCACCACCUCAAGGAAGAAUUCUCGUAUGGGUCAUCCGUGACUUACACAUGCAGCGAAGGUUAUCAGCUCAUUGAAGAGGACUUUAUUUACUGCACCACCAAGGAUGGGCAAACUGGAGUGUGGAGCGGGCCUCCCCCGCAGUGCACAGAGGUGCAGUGCCUCCCUGCUCCAACCAUCACCAAUGGGAAGCACAACGGCCAGGCCAUGGAAGCGUUCACCAGCGGGAUGUCUGUCCGCUACCGGUGUGACCCUGGCUACUCUCUGAUCGGGGAAGCACAGCUUCAUUGUACAGAGUCUGGAGCCUGGAGCCACCCUGCCCCUCAAUGCAAAGUUUCAGCUAUCGGCUGUGUAGCCCCCGUGGUUCAGAACGGAAGAGUAGCCGUAAGAAAGCUCAGCUACAGACCUGGAGACACCGUGACUGUGGAGUGUGAUCCUGGUUACAUCUUGAAGGGCACCCAUGUAUCCCAGUGCCAAGCUGGGGGCACAUGGGACCCUCCAGUCCCCAGCUGUGCAACCACAAUGCAGUGUCUUCCACCUCCAGCCAUAGCGAAUGGGAAGCACAGUGCCAAGCCCACAGACACCUUUAACUCAGGAACGUCUAUUCUGUACACCUGUAAACCUGGUUACGCCCUGGUUGGAGUGGCGUCCAUUUAUUGUACCGUGUCCGGAGCCUGGAGCCGCCCCCUCCCUCGAUGUACAGUUGUUAGCUGCGAAAGUCCAGAAAUUGAGAAUGGAGGAGUAAUAGAGUUCCAGCCUGUUUACAGACCCGGAGACAUUGUUGAAGUGGGCUGUGAUGAUGGUUACAUCCCCACCAGCACCCAGAAGUCUCAGUGCCAAUUUGGGGGCAGAUGGGACCCUCCAGUCCCCAGCUGUGAAAGUGAAAGAGAAAUGAGACUUCCCGAAAUGUGACCCAUGGAUGUGCCAGCAAAAUGAGAAGCAAUAAUUGCCGCAGCAGAUUUCUAAGGAACUUUAUUAACCUGGAAGCAAUGUAUUUAGCAGCUGCAAAUAAAACUGGCCAAGUGGACAGAAGCUGAAACCGGCAUUUGGCACAGCUAACUUUAGAUACCAUCAACCUUGGAAGUCGAGCGAUGACAGAAAGAAAAGACAGUAAAAAGCGUUCCUUUUCCCUUCAAAUGGGAGAGCCCUGUUAUGUGAAAAUGCAAAUUAACUUGAAGAAACUGGAGCAUAGAGGGGUACGUCAAAUAACUAACUAAGCCCAACACACCCACAAAAUGGAGCAAGAAGCUUAUUUUCAGGAAACCAUGGAUAGCUGAUCUUGAAUAUAAUAUUCCUUGUUCAUGACCUUGACUGGUAAAUUUAAUGUUACCCAUAACUGGAUUUUUUUUUAAUGUGGGAAAGGGAAGAGUUUGUUUUCAUCUUUUUCAGACAACCAACCUUUCCUUUGUGACUGCACUGAGGUGGGAACCCACGGGAUUAUUCUUCGUCCUGGGCACAUGGUGAUCAAGUUCAGACUGCAGCUUAGUGUUCAUCACCAUAACAACCCAGGCCUUUAUUCAACUAGUAGUCCACAACAUAUCAGUAGAACUAGAUUGGAUGUCUCAAGUAGCAGACCUUCAAAACAUCAACCUUGGAAGGGGACCAUAUGGUGAAGAAAUGACACAAGGUUCUUGAGGAUGGCUUUUUUCGCACCCAGCCUGCUCACCAUUGCUCAAAUCACAGACUUGCUUGUAAAACCUGAAAUGCAACUGAUAUAAAAUAAGUUGUUAACAUGUUGUUAAAAGUUAUCAGAAAUGGUUAGCACUUCUUGAUCUGUCUUCAUCUUCAGCUCUCUCUCUGCAAAAAUGAAGUUUAUUUCCUCCCUAUGGAGACAUUUUACCAUCUUAUACCAUGUAUACUUUCCCCACCACCUGAUGAAGGGAUUUUGAUCCUGAAAGCUUGCAAAAAAGAACGAUGUUCUUGUGAUUUCCCAGUUGGUCUAAUAAAAGGUAUAAUUUUGGAACCAA